AUUAACACCCGGAUAAGAGAAUGAGAUGUGGGUUGCAUGGACAGUGCCUGCUGUGUGGCUACUGCUGGCGGUUAUUGAUCGAGUUGUUAAGAGAAAGGGUCGUCAACGAUAUCGGCUGUUUCUUGAGAGAUACGGACUGUCUGUCUCGUUAGGCAGGAUUCAGUUUUAUACCAACAGAGUCAACCAUCUUCUAGUUCGGUUCUCAGAUUUUUUCCCUCGACGAUGGCUACAAGCGUGGUUCACUGUUGGUGUGGUAAUCGGUCUUGUACUCAUUCCUCUCUCUGUUGGUGUUCUUGUUUUCACGUUGCGUUCGUUUAUUGUGAGUUCGGAUGAGGAGGCUAGGGAUCCUCUGUUAGUGCCGGUGCUGCCGGGAGUAAACCUUCCGUGGAGCCAACUGGUCUACUUUCUUGUAACGAUUGCAGUUAGUGGAGUGUUGCAUGAGCUUGGUCACGCUGUUGCAGCUGUCAGUGAAAAUGUCCACAUUGAUGGCGUCGGUUUAUUUUUCUUCGUGAUGUAUCCCGGCGCGUUUGUUGACCUUCAUACACAACAUGUGACAACGUUGAAUUCAAUACAAAAACUGAGAAUAUUUUGUGCGGGCGUGUGGCAUAACGUCAUCAUCGUGUUUGUUUGUCUACUUGCAUUGUACUGUCUACCAUGGAUCCUAUUUCCUCUCUUCACGUCUACUCAAGGAGCUGUGGUUAAUGGAAUAUCCAAGAACUCACCAGUCUAUAACAAUCUUGUGGUCGGGAGUGUCAUCCUAUCAGUUGAUGGGCAGAGUGUUCAUAGCAAAGCUGAUUGGAUGGCUCUCUUAUCCAAGAUUAGCCAACACGGAUUUUGUGCUAACAAAAGCAGCUUGAAAAGGAUGUACACAAGAGCUGUGUCUCUCUCAUUGUCUGGUGUUGUGGAGUGUUGCCAGAAUGAAUCAUUGUCAGACUUUUGCUUCCACAGUAGUGAACCAUUAUGGGAUACCAAGAAGAGAUAUUUCUGUCUGAAUGCCAGGAAGUUUACUGCUGGUUUGCAUUGCAAGCAGACAAGUGACUGUCUAGGCAAGUCUGUGUGCCUUCAUCCUUCACUUGACAGCGAAUCCAGACUUUUCAGAAUAAGCCACGUUGGUUCAAAAGACGUGAUUUUUGUUGGACAUCCGAUGCUGUUGCAUCAGACAAUUAGUCUUACUGACUAUCGCCCGAGAAUCAAUUUAUUCGCUUUCUAUCGCCUGCCUGGUGUUACAGAAACAUUUCUAUUAUAUCUUAUAUCCAUGUCUUCUGCUCUGGCAAUACUCAACUCUGUUCCUGUGUAUUAUCUUGAUGGACAAUGGAUUUUCAGCGCUGCUGUUGAUACGUUCUUCAAAGACUGGAGUGAAGAGAUAAGAACUAAACUGACUUCUGGCAUAUUGAUGAUAGGAACAGUCUUGCUGGUGUUAAACGUUAUAUUAGGAUUAACUGCUGUAUUGAAUGUAAAUACAUGACAGCAGAAGAAACUGCAUUA